CACUAGUCCCCGUACAGCUGGCCAGUAGAGGAAUGUCGUGGUCACUCAACCAAUUUCUCCGGUUCGCCAUGAGAAGACGGUGAUUAAACCAGCAGCCCCGGCAGCCAUGGCGCACCACAGUGUCUUCAACGCAUGCAAACUGGUCGCUGCGCUUCUUAUUUGGCUUGGACCCUCUGCUGGAGACGAGCGCACGGUUUUGGCUCAUGCCGCGGAGCACCGGGAGCCAGCGGCACGGGCCUCCGUUGGUUUGGAGGAAGUGGUGAUCGUGAUCCAGAGUCAGAGGAACUCCUACCACGUGCGUCGCAGUAGCCAGAGGAAGACGGAGAUUCUGCAACAGGCGGCUAAACUCGGACAGGGACUUCCAGUUGUUGUUCUUCUCCAUGAGCUGUCAGAGUAUGAGGGAGACUGGAGUAUCCUCCCUGCGCUUCCGCGUCUCUCUGCCACGUACGGCCAAAUGGCGUCCUGGUUUUUUUUCAUGGAGGAGGAAACCACAGUCACACUCCCUCUUUUGCUGCAGGUCCUCAAGAGAUACCCAGUCCAAGAAGAAUGGUUUUUGGGUAAACGUCUCCAUGACGACGAGCCCUCCAUCAUUCACCACUACGCCUUUUCUGAAGACCCCAGUUCUUUUGGUUACCCUGACCCUGCAGCAGGCUGGGCUCUCAGUGCGCCAUUACAGCAAAGGCUGUCUGAGCGGAUCCAACACGGCAGCCUCAAGUCAGAGUUUACCAUCGACUUAAAACACGAGGUUGCCUUGUAUAUUUGGGAGGAAGGAAAUGGUCCACGGCUGACGGCGGUUCCAGAGUUUUGCACUGAGCCGAACGACAACUGUGCUACCUCAUUUACAAACUACAUGCCCAACUGUGGGGAUCCAGUGUCGAAGAACGAUGUAUUUGUCGCAGUGAAAACUUGCCAAAAAUUCCACUCGGAACGAAUACCAAUCGUGAAGGCAACCUGGGAGAAAGACGCUGGGUUUUUAGAGUAUUACAGCGAUACCACUGAUCCCUCCAUACCCACAAUCAGUCUGGGAUUGCCCAAUACUGAGAGAGGACACUGUGGGAAGACUUUUGCUAUCCUGAGGCGUUUCAUGAGUGGCGCUGUGCCAAAGACUGACUGGCUGCUCAUCGUUGAUGAUGAUACUCUCAUCAGUUUGCCCCGGCUGCGUCGUCUGCUGCGUUGCUACGACCCGAAGGAAGCAGUGAGCCUCGGGGAGAGAUACGGCUACGGCUUGGUUCAGAACGGAUACAGCUACACCACAGGAGGAGGAGGGAUGGUGCUCAGUCGGAGGGCGGUGUCCAGGCUGCUGUCCAGUGGUUGCAGCUGCUACACUGAUGAUGCCCCCGAUGACAUGGUGCUGGGCAGGUGUUUCACUUCCCUCCGCGUUCCCAUCACACACAGUCCACUGUUUCACCAGGCUCGACCGGAUGACUACUCUGAGACAUUGGUCUCCUUGCAGCAGGCCAUCUCCUUCCACAAGCACUGGAAUGUAGACCCCAUGGCUGUCUACAAAUACUGGCUGCAGGACGUGCACCAACGUGAUGAACUGUAGAAACACUGACCACACAUUAAAUAUAUUGUAGACAAGCAAUGAAUUCAAAAAAAAAAAAAAAAAAAAAAAAACUGCACCUGGGAAAUCUCCCCUGAAACUUUUACUUGCUUUCAUCAAUAUUUCAACACCCACAGUGAGUCAUGCAUGACUUUGUGCAAUGGAAAAGGGCCACACUAUUUUUUAGCCUCAUUUCGGUCAUUGUUUUGACGGCCCGCGCAUUAACUGGACAGUUAAGGAGGUGUCCAACUGGGAGCUAAUGUGUCUCUGCUCCUGCUGGACGUGUUAAUGUUUGACAACACGUAGCAACUGGAUGUGAGGAUGGCUACGUGGGUGAUUUGUCAGCAACAUAAGUGACGACGACUCUUAUAAGUAACGUCCACAACUACGGCUGUGGCUCAGCCUGCAGCUUUUCACCGCACUGCUUUGAGCGAAAUUCAACCCACAGCGUGAGGACACAUCAGCAGUUCUUGUCUUCAGCGCUGAUUGUGUUUGGAGAAAGUGGAAUACUGAUGAGGCGAUGCUGCAAGAUGAAAAGCAACGGAAGUCUGUGGAUAAAUUGACGAAACCCUUGGGAAUUCAUCACAUAGUUGUAGCGGGUUGACUUAACUGCUGCCCCGGGGCCACGCCCCUCUGAGUGGUGAAAACAUGGUGAAAUGUGUCAGUAAAUACAGGGAGACUGGGAAAAAUGUGGAUCAUCAGAUCAAAUUAAGGACAAUUGGACUUGACAGUAAUCCACAUGAACUAGUAUGGAUUUGGAAAAGCGGAUUAGCCUCAGUCUCUAUUAGUUUCAAUUAGUUUUAGGUCAUUUCAGUUAGCUAAAUAAAGGAUGCUAAUGCUAAGAGCUUUACUGAGAAGUAACGUUAGCUAUACAAUACUGUUGCGUUAAAAGGAUGACGAGGAGUGAUCACAAAUAAUCCAUUUACUGUUUUAUCGUUAUUUAUUGUUGGAUCUGAAAUAGCUACUGUCGACUGUAACUGCACCAAAACAACAACAUCUUAUCUGACAGCCCUCCAGAACGUAACUGAAGAAGUAACUUAAGGUAUGACUUCAUCUAAAAAUAAAGCAUGAAUUAACAUUACCUGACACUAAAUGCGAACUACAACACCAGGUUUCUGUGUCUGAAUUCAGUUGUUUCUUCCUAAUGCAGGUGAUCUACUUACUUUUCUUUGGCAUUAGGAGAAAUUAGUACAAAUAUAUCUCUGACUGCUUUACACAUUUGUUGGUACAGUCAGUCACAAAACAACUCUUCCCCAUUUUUUGAAUUCAUUUUACAAUUUAUGAUUCAAACUAAUGCUGCUAAUCUCCGUGCUCAACUUAUUGACACUCAGUGGCCGUAACCACGGAGACUUCAGUGACUGUGACAUCACGUGCAUACCCUCUAUUGACCUAUUUUAAGUAGCGUCUAGCUGACUGACAUUAUCAUCCUUAGAGUUGCAAUUUUAACAACAAAGCAAAGUAAAUUAACUUUUUCCUGCUUAUAGCGCAUAUUUGUUGCCGUUUGGACUGUGAGAGCCGAUGUUUUAGCGUCGCUCCCUUCACGUUACACUCCAACAAAACCACAAAUCAAGAUGUAAUUUAUUCAAACUGUGUUCUUGCAUUUAAUAUAAUGUCCAUGUGUUUAUCAGGUGGGUAAUUAAGUGCUGAAUGAGGUUAAAUGGACUGUGCUGUGAAGGGAUUUAUUUAGCCUGGUCACCUGUGAGGAAGGAAGGUAGGUAGGGAAAAAUACAAAGCAACAGGAAAUAAGAAUUAAAAAAUACCCAGAAACAGGAUUAUACAACGAAAAUAGAGGCAGUUAACAAAAGUUUCAUUUGCAUUCACAGUGGUCUUGAUUUUCAGAUUCCUCAGUUUAAGUCUGAUUUUAAAUGGCAACCAAGCACAACAAGAACAACAUAAUCCCCUUCUCUAAUACGUCGGCUUAUUCAUUUUCUUACUGAAAGCUGAGAUGAGAAGACGGUUACAGGUACCUCCUUAACAUAAAAUUUUCCUGUCUCUUAUCUAACAUGCUUUAUCUCAUUAAUCUUUAUUUCAUAUUGGUCGUACAGAUCUCAAACUACUGGGAGGUGGAGGAGGUACUCCACCAAAAUGUUGAACCAUUCCUUUUUUUACAAAAAUAAAAGAUAGGUAUAUUUUGGAAAAUAUAUUAUUCUUGAAAUAUGUGUGCGAGCGUGAUCGUGUGUGUGAAAGGAGCGGUGCUAAAUAGAAUUGGGUUGAGUUUUAUUUUUUUAUCCGUGAACAUGAAAACCGUGUGGAUGUGGACGGAUGCUUGUAAUUAUAACCCACACCUGAAAAAGACAGCAAUUUUGCAGCUGUUUUUUUUUUUGUGAAUACGUGAAUAUUUCUGGCUGGUUUGCUGAAAACCUGGUGGUUCCUUAGAUUAAAGCCUCUUUUAAAGUCAUUUAAAAAUAAAAUAUUCAUUGGAUUUAAUACA